AUGUAUGCUCAGCAAUCCGAGCUCGUGCGUCACCGUUCUUCUUGCGCUCUGCUCUCUUUGUUUCCGCGCUCUUCGCCGUCUUCUUGUGCCUCUCUCUCUCCUGCGCGCGCUCGCGAUCUCUUCGUUGCAGCACCGGUUUCGUCUGCAACGGCUUUCGCCCCUCAGUUACUCACAUCGCAUCUCUCUCCGGUCCCUCCAUCUGCACACUGGACGCGCGCGCCGCAGAAGAGAUCCUUCUUCUCGUCUCCUGCCGACUCUGCGCCGCGCCCUGAGGCUACCUCGGCGCCCUUUGAGGACUUUGACUUCACGUUUCGCACGCUGCGGCGGCGGCGCUGGAGGCCGCCGCGGACGGUAUCGCCCAUCGCGGUCCCACGGCCUGCCGCCCCCUCCUCCGCCGGCGCGGAGUCGCCUUCCGCCCCGCCGGAGGGUUCCGACCACGGCGGAGACGAGGCGGCGGAGGCCCCAGAGCGGGCGCUGCCGUACGGCUACUCCACGCUCGCGGAGCUGGAGGGCCGCUGGGUGAGACUCGCGCUGAAGAAUGUCUUGACGCGAACGCGACCUCGUCGUGGAGGCGGACCGCCUUCGCCUUCCGCGCUCGCCUCACGGUUCGCUGAUGAAUCAAUCGAGGGCCCGGCGAGCAAGGCGAUGCGCCGCGACGUCAGCGGUGAGCAGCGACCUCCCGAGAUGAAGCCGCUCACGCUGCUCGCCGAGGCACCCACGCUCGCGGAGAGCCUGGCCUUCCUGCGGGAGCCACGAGAGACAUCAACAGAGGCUCCCGGCGACACAGCGGGAACUGCGGGGCUUGUGCGCGAGGGCGACGAGGGCACGGAGGGGGAGCGCGCGAGGGCACUGGAGGUCGAUGCGGCAGACGAGGCCUUUGAGGUGGCGGCGGACGAGCCAGACGGUGAUGCGUCGGACGAAGUCGCGUCAGGACUGCCGGAGGGAGCGUUUGCACGGGGCGACGGCCGCGACGCAUUGGACGUUGAGGCCGAGCUUGGGGUUUACGUACACCCGAAGUGGUCGCGCACCAUUGAGAAACUGGAGCGCCUUUUGCCGCGCAUGGCGGUGCACGACGUGUGUCUCUGUCUGCGGUACCUGGCACAGGCGAGUCUCCUGGAGCACCGCGUCGCUCUGGGCUGCAUCUACACCUUGAGGCAGAAGGCAGAAGACUUGACUGCGCGCGAAAUCGGCGUCCUCUGCGACUUUCUGAACAAGCCGUUCUUCCGCCGCGCCGCCCAACAGCUCGCGAAGGGCGAUUCUGAGCCCGUGCCUGGCAGAGAGUCGAGCGGACUCAAUCCCGCCCGUCGAAGCGAUCCUCCGCCGCAGGCCGCCGCACUGGCCUCGCGCGGCGCGCGCGACGGGUGCUCGGGAGCGGCGGGCCGUCGGCGCAGAAGCGACGACGCCGCCUGCGAAGAAACUGCGCCGCUGCGCCGGGGGCAAGAGUGGCACGCGAGUGACGUCCUUGACGCGAAGGCGCGACGCCGCGCCCUCAAGAGGCAGCGCCUCGCUGACCUCGUCGCGGAGCAAGAGCUGACGCUGAGGAAGCUGAGGCAGCUCGUCAGAGCCAAAUGCCACGAUCUCCAACAUGCAAACGACGUCUGCAGCGUCCUCUGGACGUUCCACGCGCACGGCCUGCUGUCGGCGUCUCUCUUGGGGACUGUGCGCCGCCUUUUACUGCAACGGUUGCGGGGUUCGCCCGAGCCCAAUCCUGAAGUCCCCUCCUCCGCAUCCUCCUCGCCGUCCUCUCAGGCGUUUCGGAACUCGCUGCUGCCUCGGCACAUGGCCAGUUUGGUGGCGUUCUUUCUGCGCACCGGCCUCCUAGACCGUGAGCUCUUCCGAGCGCUCACGUCCGCCUGUCUGUCGGAGGCCUCCGCCUCCCGCCUCUCGGCAGCGCCGCCGUCCUCGACCCCGCCCGCUGCGACCCGCGCCGGCGCGCCUGCGGGCUUCGUGGGCGACGGCUCGGCAGAGAGCGCAGACGCGAAGAAGGCGCGAACCCGGCAGGAGCAGAAACUCGGGGUGUGGCUCGCGGCGCGGCUCCAGGGCAAAGACCUUCUUCGCCUGAGUGAAGGACUGGUCGCCGUCACAGCCGCGUCGCCGCUGUCUCUUCUCGCCUCGUCCUCCGCCGCCUCGCCCGUGGCGGAGUUCUACGGGGGGGACGACGAGGAGCUCCGCAGCCGCGCGGAAGAGUACACGCUGGCCAUGGCGCUUCAGAUCGCCGCCGUGAGGAAACACAGGUCUCUCUCGGGAUCAGCGCUCUCAACCCUGCUUUUCUACUCCGCGACUCUUGCGAGUCAGCUGCCGGGGGUCUGCGUCCUCCCGGAGUUGGCGUACCGCGCCUCGACGCAUCUCGCGUGGAGGACAUCGGAGUUUUCUCUUUCGGCGCAGGCCCAGUUCCUCAGUGCCCUGCCCGCCCUGUCGGCAGUGCUUCCGCCAGACCCGCUCCUCGUCUCGGCUCUCGCGGAUUCGCUCUCAAGUUCGCUUCUCUCUCUCUCUGCGCCAGCGUCUCCGUCUCCCCCGUCUCCCGCAGGGGCGCUGCCGCUGCUGUCUCUGUCGUGGGCUGCCGUCGCCUCGCUGCUCGCGCUGUACCAGCGCUCCGCGGCCUCGCAUGCUGUUGCUGCGGCGGCCGAGCGCAUCCGCAGGCGGCACUAUCUCGAUCUUUUUCUGCUGCUCUCCGCUCCCACGUCUUCGAGAUGUCUUCCAUGCGGAAAGCCUCCGCCUGCUGCACUGCAUUCGGCUUCGUCUCCCCCUCUGCCUAUGGACUCUGACCCACCCCCCGCCCUGUCCGCCGAAGCCCGUCUCUGUGUCGAAUACGGAGGAGCUGAUGGAGACAGGAAUGCGUCAGGAGACGCGUUUGCCUCCUGCUCUGCUCAUUCAGCGAUGGGGAUUGGCGAGCUGCGUUUAGCUGACAACAGGCACGAGCGGGUCCACGGCCAGCUGCCUGCCUUGGCAGCGACUGCCUCCUCUUCUCUUGAGUACCUCGACCCUCCCCCUUUACCGGCGUCGCUGCUCCAGCAGGCGCAAGCAGAGCAGCACCUCCUCUCCCUGCGCGACGCCCUCGAGGCGGCCACCGAGGCGCUUGCCGCCUCGCAGUUGCCUGCCGGCGGCGCCGGCUCUGCGGACACGCUAGCUAGCGCCCAAAGCCGCGUGCAGGCGGCAUCUAGCGUCCGCACUUCGCACGUCUCAGGGGCGAAGGAGGCGCUGCCGACUCUGGUUCAAGUCGUCCUCUGGUCUCAAAUUGCCGCGGCGUCGUGUGCGUCCCAGGCCUCGGAGAGGGUGCUACGCAGUGCAUUCAGGUGUCUCCGCCGCCUUUUGGGUGCGCCGGAGACCGCCGCGGCCUUGGCGGGAAGCUGCCGGGCGGCUGCGACCGCGGUCGUAGGACUCCAGAGCCCGGACACGCAAACGGCCUCGGGCUUGGGCGCGCGUCUCGCGUGCCUCGCGGCGCUGUGGCAAAACGUCAGCCUCUUGAGAUGUAGAGACUCCGGAGUGUUGUACCCUCUCGUCGAGGCGGCGGAUGCCUUUGCUGAGGCGCGUGCGGACGCUAGGCAACCCGCCAUGCCCGGUGACGCGUUUGGGAAACCAAGGCAGGAGAAUGGCAAGCGAGAAGAGGAUUUACUUACAGCAGUCUCGGUGGACAUCCUGCUCUCUGCAUGCGAGCUUCAGGCCUUGGAUCUGCUCUCUGAAUGCACCAGGCGCGCGCUCCUCCAGACUGCAGUCAACCGCCUAUCGUCGUUGUCAACGGGGUCUCUCCUGUCCCUCCUUCAAAGCGCCCUGCUUUGCACUGCCGACGCUGAGGCGCGCGCAGGCGUUGGCGGCGCAAGCGACGCGCCUGCGCUUUCGGCGCAACGGCUGCCGGUGUCGGCGUGCGGCAGCGGUGGUGCGGCCGCGCCGCCGCUUGUUCCGCACAACCCAGAUUCCAUCACGCUGGCAGGGUCGCCUCUGUCUCCCGCCCCCUCUCGUCAGUCCGCUGCUGAGGCCUACGGGCAGCUCCUUCCCUGUGUGAUGCGAGAAGCCGCCACGCGCUUUCAGGCUGGGGGGUAUAUACCGCCUGCCUCGCAUCUGCCCCUGUUUCUCCUCGCCAGGCGGUUCCUCCUCGCUCCGUGCUUCUCGUCCCUGCUAGCCCGCCGUGGCGCCGGGGGAGUGGGGGGGGGUGUCAAGGCGCGGAGUCAGUCGCAGGGGGCCGCGAGCCCCUGGGCCUUCUCUGGGGCGACCGCGACAGGCAGGCCGUUCGGGCCUUCCUCAAGCACUUGGCGUGGCGCGAGACUGCGGCGGGGGCCGAUCCGAUCGUUCACAGCAACAGGUACCAGACUGCAUCCCGCCUAG